AAUGUACAGAGAGACUUGCCUUUCUCCAAUACAUGCACCAAUUGUAGAUGGUUCCUGGUCAUUUGGUGGCAGUCCUGCCAGUCUGAACUAUGUAAGCCUUUGUCUGAAGUCCAUGCCCUCCUCUUGUGUUUAUGAUUCUGAAGGAAUUCCAGUGUCAUGGGUACUGUGCGAUCAUUAUGGUGCCAUGCGAAUGCUUUACACUGUACCUCAACAUAGACGCAAAGGGCUCGGAUCCUUGGUUUCUUCUAAAUUGGCAGAAGCAAUGCGAGGGCAAGGAAUGCUGGUUCAUUGCCAUGUAGAAGAGGAAAAUAUUCCAUCACAGCUGAUGUUUAAAUCUCUGGGGAUGCAAGAGACCACCAGCAGACUGCUAUGGGCACGAUGUGAUUUAAAGGGGACAAAUGAUUAGUAUGUUACUGAAUCAUCCAAAUGUUUAAGUAUUUUAUAAGAUGUGGCAGCAUAAAC